CUCUACGGGAUCAAAUAUAGUUGUCCAGAGAAGUUACACCCAGAAAUUGAUGAAUCUAUGAUACAGACAUAUUUCUAUGCAUAAGAAAAAAGCGAACAUGUGACAAGGAGGGGUCCUUCGCUUCGGUUGAAUGAUGUUUGAUAGGCUGUGGAUUUCAUUACUUGCAGUCUCCUUCAAUUCGCCCUCCACUCCAGUCCAACCGGUGAAGUCUACAGCGGCGCCACUAACAUCUGAAAUAAAGUCACUUUAGUUGAGCUCUAGUCCCAUAUUUUACCGGUGUAAUGGCAGUGCCUCCAUCAUAUGGUGACCUCGGCAAAUCCGCCAAGGACAUCUUCAACAAAGGCUAUGGGUUUGGCCUGGUGAAGCUUGAUGUGAAGACCAAGUCUGACAGCGGAGUGGAGUUCAAAACGUCUGGCUCCUCAAACACGGACAACAGCAAGGUGGCGGGCAGCCUGGAAACCAAAUACAAGAGGUCCGAGUACGGCCUGACCUUCACAGAGAAGUGGAACACUGACAACACCCUGGGAACAGAGAUCACCAUCGAAGACCAGAUUGCCAAGGGUCUUAAGCUGACAUUUGACACAACCUUCUCACCAAACACUGGCAAGAAGAGCGGCAAAGUCAAGACCGCCUACAAGCGCGAGUUUGUCAACCUGGGCUGUGACGUCGACUUUGACUUCGCUGGCCCCACUAUCCACGGAGCGGCCGUCGUGGGUUACGAGGGCUGGCUCGCUGGCUACCAGAUGACAUUUGACACGGCCAAGUCUAAGAUGACCCAGAACAACUUCGCUGUGGGAUACAAGACCGGGGACUUCCAGCUGCACACCAACGUUAACGACGGUGCACAGUUCGGCGGCUCCAUCUACCAGAAGGUGAGCCCCGUGCUGGAGACAGCGGUCAACCUUGCCUGGACUGCCGGCAGCAACAGCACAAGCUUCGGCAUCGCAGCCAAAUACCAGCUGGACAAGAGCGCCUCCAUUAGUGCUAAAGUAAACAACAGCAGCCUUGUCGGUGUUGGCUAUACCCAGACGCUGAGACCAGGUGUGAAACUCACCCUCUCUGCCCUGGUGGACGGUAAGGGCAUCAACGCUGGAGGCCACAAGCUGGGCCUGGGGUUGGAACUGGAGGCCUAAACUCUCCUUGCGGUGAAGGGAACAAGAGAAUAUCAGCAGAAUCUGGCCUUCAAAUGUAUUUCCAACUCAAACCAGCAAGGGGAUAUAUCAUGGAAGGAGGGGAUUUGUUCAGAGGCUACAACAAGAGAAGAAAAAAACACUACCCCGUCAUUCUUUGGUGUACAUGUUUGCUUUGUAGUUGUUUCCAUUAAAAGACACACUUUCAGUGGGUCAAUAAUUUAUA